AUAGUAAAUCAAAAGAGCCGACCACUCCAACAUUGAACACAGAAUUAGUGGCAGAGGCUUGUAAACUCCCUCACAAUGUCAGUUCCAAAACAAGGCUAGAUUCAGUGGGAGAAAAUGAAAGAACUAGUUCUGAGUCCUCGGGUGAUGAUGUUGACGAACAGUUACAACAGUUGAUCGAAAUGUUUCCCAGUACUGUACGACUGGAAUUAGAACACUGUUUACACAGUGCCGAGGGAGAUAUAGAGACAGCUGUACAGAUUGUGUUGCAUAGACAAGACACUGGUUCAGCUAUCACAGAGGAUAAAAAGCCUAAGGAAAGGAAGAUACGAGGACACAGUAUAUUAGAUGACAAGAAAAUGAAGGAUCAAAUGAUGGAGAGAUAUGCCUUCAUUGAUGUUAACGAGGAUAAAAAACAGUACAAACCAGCAGCACCAAAAUCUGAACCCAAAAAGAUGAUCCGUUACCUUGACAACCAGGUUGUGAACACUAAAGGACAAAAAUUUACAGAGAUAAAGAAAGAUGACGGUGAAGAGAUGAAAAAAACGUUUAUCAACCUCAAACCAGCAAGAAAAUACAGAUUCCAUUAAAUGUGUGUUUAUUCCAUGGAGAUUUGUUUUUUCUUGUGGGAAAAUUCAUUGUAUGUUUUAAUUUUUUAUGACUUGAUUUUAUGUGAGAUUUUCAUCUCUCUAAGUAUAGUAUCAUGGACCUAUGACUUAAGCAAUGACUUUAAAGGGAUAUUCAGGCAAAAUAAUGACAAAAAUAUUAAAAUGAUCUUAUGUACUCAAAUCACGCUAAAAUGACUUUUCUUGAAGUUUCAGCAUGAAUUUCUGUUUAAAUUCUAUAUAUUUUGGGUUUGAAGGCGUUAAUAUAUCUAUAUAUGUUGAACAAAAUUUAGACGCCCAAUAGAAUCACAAAAUAGUUUUAAAAACAAGUCAAGUGACUUUAACAAACCCUCGAAGUUACAAUAACAGAUAUUUUUGAUAUUGUACGAUUGAAACAAGCCUAAGUCAUUUCAUUUGACAUGUUCUUUAACGUUUCCAGAGUUCACUUUGACAA